AUGAGCCGCGCGACCGCCAGCGGCCGUCCCCGUCGGCCCAGCGCCGCUGCUGCUGCUCCUCCUGAGCCCGAGACGCUCGUGCUGCGCGCUACACCGUCGAUCAAGCGCUACAACAUCGCGCGCUUCGACGUGCCCGAGCUGCCGCACUUCAGCGCGUGUGCCCAGCCCGUGAUGAUGUACCGAGAGCCCGAGCGCGUGGACGACGAAGACGAGAAGGACGACGACGCGCCCGUGGGGUUCAAUCCCGCGCUGCGGAAGCGGCGUCGCCGUCGUCGCAAAGACACGCGCACGGCUGGCUGGAUCAUUGAAGACAGUGCGGGGCAGAACAAGUUCAACGGCACGUUCGAAGGCGGCCAGUCGUCCACGUACAUGCUCUUGGUGAAGAACCGGCACAAUGACGAGUUUAGCGUCAUGCCCGUGGAGCAGUGGUUCCGGUUCAAGAAGCCGCUGAACUACCGGACGUUGACGCUCGAGGAGGCCGAGGAGAUGAACAAUGAGAAGAAGCGCGCGGUCGAGCGCUGGCUCAUGAAGCACAGGCUCGCUGGUGAAGACAAGACGGACGCUGCAGGCGCCGAGACAGUGAGUGCACCCCGUGUCCGCACGGGCGCGAUGCCGACUGCUUCGUCGUAUUCUGCUGCUGUAAGUUCGGCAAAGGGGACAGCUGAGGGGGACGAUAUCUUUGGUGCCGCGGAGACGGUGCGUCGUCCACGUGCUCCGCGGUCGAAAGCGCGUGGCGAAGGAGCGACAGGCGAAGAUGGUGGUGACUUUGAAGAAAAGUUUGAUGAUGACGAGAGUGAUGCUGAGAUCCAUCACGACGAACCGCAAGGGCUGGAGUCGGACUCGGACGAAGAUGAGUUUGAAGUAGACCCGGAAGGAACUGGCAAGUUGACGGAGACAGGUCAAGCCAUGAAGGACUUGCUGAAGCGUGCCCAGAAUGGAGAGAUGCUGGAGAACAACAAGGACAAGGAGGACGAGGACGACGAUGAAGAAGACGACAAUUUCACGGCCAAAGAUAUGGAUGUCAUCAAGCGUGACCUGGGCGGGAACAUCAUCCGCGACCGGUCCGUUGCUAUGGAAGAUGACGCUGCCUCGGGCGAUGUCAAGGCUGCAGACAAUGCUGCGGAUGCUGGCGCUACUGUAGACUUGAACGGCAAGGCAAAAGGUGCAGCAACGGUCGGUGCUGAUGGCGCUAGCGGGAAGCGGAAGGCGGACGACAGCCGUGCGAAAGAAGAGACGUCCCAGAAGAUGUCGAAGACGUCGGCAGCUGCGUCUUCUAACAAGCUCACGGAGGCCGGUGUGCAGCAGGAGCUUAUUCGCUACGGCGGACGCAUGCGCACGCGAGAUUUGCUGCGGAAGCUGAAGAAGCUGAUUACUACGGACAAUGAUAAGGCUCUGCUGAAGGACAUUUUGCGUACCAUUUGCGACGUGGAAGUCGACGCAAUUGACGGUCGCUUGCUGGUGUUGAAGUCGCAGUUCCGUUAA